AUUUAAUAAACAAUAUUUAUAUAAAUACAAGUUAAAAUGGAAACGCUGCGACGAUUAGAACGCGAAGAUGAUUUUGUGGAGUAUUAUUUAUAUCCCGAUCUCUCUGGCAAUGCAAAGAACAUCGAAGAUAUACUCGAUCAAAUCAAUAUAAAAAUACAUGAGUACACAAAAGAAUAUAUAUGGCACAAAGAUUAUUUUAGUUUAACAGCAUAUAAAACAAAUGAAGAUAAUGUACUUGGAAAUAUUUUCCAUGGAGUGAAGAAAACAAAUAUGCCUUUUCUUCAUGGAAUAACUCAUUUUGGUGAAAAUAUACAAGACGAAUGGUUUGUUGUUUCGAUAAUGCUGGAACUAACUCGUUGUUUUGAUAAUUUGGUUGGGAAAGUAUCUGAUAGUGAUGGUGAAUUUAUAUUAAUUGAAUGUGCUGAUCGCUUGCCAAAAUGGAUUGAUUCGAAAUUUGAGGGAAAAGUAUUUCUUUUCAAUGGUCAUAUUCGUAUAGUAGUGGGUGAUAAUGAUUCAGCCAACACAGACUCCUUAGAUGAACUGAUUUACAAAGUUCGAAACAACAGCAACAUUUUUUGCAUACCAAAUUUAGCAUUCGAAUGUAUUCAACGUAGAAUCAGUCAGUUUCCAGAUAAUGUUCGAAGCAAUCAACAUAUUGCUACUGUUUUUGUUCCUUCACAAGUAGCUUAUAUCCUCAAAGAAUGUCCUGAAUUUAUAUCGUAUGCCACCCUUGCGUUUUGUAACCGUAGUCCAGAAGAUGAAAAAUGUUUGUGUGCAAUGCGACAUUUUCCACCAGAAAAUCGAGUUUACAUCAAUGUUAAAUUUACCAAAUGCUUAUAUGCCAUGCUAAUGUGUAAUGAUUACAGAGGCGAUGAAAGAACAGGUUGGAAUCUACCAGUUAAUCAUAAUUUGGAAUACAAAGCACAUGAUCUUGGAAUGAAAUUGGCGUGCGGAUUUGAAAUAUUAGCAUCGAUGAAUAAAAGCAAAAACGAUUUAGACAUACAUAACAAUUGGAAUACUUUUAUGGAGAAAUUAAAAGAACAAAAAUACUUUGGAAAUGAAAUGGAGAAUACAAAGGAUUAUUUACUUUUGUUGGAGAAAGCUCAAACGUUUUACAAACAAUCUUGUUAUACUAUCAAAACAAACAUGGUUACUCGGCGAAUUUCAGAACUAUUGAAAAAUAUUGAUUUUGAUAAAAACGAAUUUAGUGCAUCAAUGAAAAUGCUACCAAAGGAAGAUGAUGAUAAUUGGCUAACUAUUGAUUCUAAAGACUUGGACGAUAUGUUAAAGAAAUGUUUUGAUCUUGAAAGUAAUGAAGGAUAUUCUAAAAGUACAAAAUCUUUACCUUAUAUGAUAAGUGACUUCCUUGAGCAUAAAAAUGACUACAAAGGUGUUGAUAUAAAGCUACCAUCAUCACAAAAACAAUUUGUUAAUAAUCAUAAUAAGAUUAUACAAGGCCAAGAAAACAUAGAUUUUCAUCCUAAUGAGUUUAAAAAUGCAAUGCAAAAUCUUUUAGAUAUUGUUAUUCCUGAAGAUGAUUGGGAUUCCAAUUCUGAUAUGGAUGAUUAUGAUACCGAUGAAGAAUUGGAAAAAAGUUUUAAUAAAAUGGAUUCAGGUAUCAAUAAAUCAGAUUUUGAAUAUUAUUUCAAAGAAAUGGACAAAGAACUUGCUGAAACAACAAUUGGUGCAAGCUUUGAUAAAGUGAAGGACGACAAGGAUGAUUUUGAUGAUAUUGAAAAUUUUCAGCCAGUCGAUAUUAACACAAAUACAGUUAAAAAUAUGGUAGAAAGUUACAAGGCUCAGAUGGGAAAUUCAGGUCCUGCUUCAACUUUGUUAAAUACAUUAGGCGUUGAUUUUUCUGAAAUUGAAGAUCUGAAAGACAAUAAAAUAACUUUCAAAAAUACUACUGUUUAAGGAAAAUUUUGCACCGCAUAUACUAUAUUUAAUUAAUCAUUGUACUUUUUUUUAUAUUUUAAAAGCAAAAGCAAAUAUAUCAUAAAUAUAUAUCAACAA